UGGAGUGGUGGCUGCUACGAGCAGCGCUGGACGGGCAGUAUGGCGGAGGAGGAGGGCUGCGUGCGCGAGUCAGAGGCGCUCGAGGAGCAGUUGGGGAGUUUAUUGAGCCGUUACACAAGCGGGGAAACAUGGGCCGAUAGUAAACCGUUCUGCUCUGACUUUCGCAAGCUGGUGGAGGAGUAUGCCUCUCGCUGGCAGGUGCCGCUGCCUCAGCUGAGGAUCCUUGGGAUCGCUCUCCGCUACUUCGCUCGAGCCUCCACCUUCUUCACACCAAACUGUGAUCAUGUGCGACACACACUCAGUAGUCUGGCCUUGAGUGUUUUUGAGUUGCUGCUAUUCUUUGACCACAAGGACUUCUGUCAGGAGCCACUCAAUCACUUCACUGUUGCAUUCCAGGAAUGUUACUCGGCGCUUGCGAGGCAUCAGAAUGUUCACCUGCUUCAGGUCGAGCGUUUGGUGCAGGCUGGUGGGCCUUGGGCCGGCCCGGCCUUACAGGCAAUCCUCAGUGAGUCCAGUUUACCCCAAAGUGAAGUGGACGGGUGCAUCGGCUCUGAGCUGCCGGUGUUCUUUGAGCUCCGGGUGCGCUACCUCUUAUCCUGUGAACGAGUCAGCGAGGCUCUGGCCCUGGCUGGGUGUUGUGCUCGGCAUCCCCCAGCAGGACAACACUUGUUCUUCCUCCAGGUCUACCUCACGUGGCUUUUCAAAACCUCACAGCAGGACCGCCUUCACAAAGAGGUGGCUGAAUUUAAUGGUAAAGAUGCAAUUCAUAUCAUCUGUAGUUUGGAGGGUGAGGAAAAGGAUGAGUUGCUACUAGCCCUCAGCAGAGCCUUCCUCUCCCAGCAGCUGCGAAGAGGUGACAUGUACUAUUUGUGUUAUCUUGUCUUCAUAUGGAGUAAACUUCACAGUCGGUUGAAUACAUCCAAGCAAGCUCUACUUGAGGAGAGUCAUCGGCUGAUGUUGUCUGCCACCAACGCCAACUCGAUCUUUCCAUUCAUCAGAGCCAUACUGGAAGAGCUGGGUGAAGAUGGUAUCCAGUUCUGCGUGGAGCUUUGUGCUAAUGCGCUGGGGUCUUGCCUUCCCUGCGAUGUCAUCACCAAGUCCCUCAUCUACAAAACCAUCACCGGCCUGCUCCCCAAUGACCUUGAGGUUUCCCGGGCGUGCGCUCUUCUGAUCUUCUUCCUCGAACGCACUGUUGAGACCUACAAGUUGGUGUACCUUCUUUACAUGCAUCCUGAUCAGGAUUACCACGUAGAGUACAGCCCCAUCCGAAAUCACGUUCGCUUUGAAACCCUGCAGGUCUUGAAGAAGGACAUGCACUUUGACCCAGAGUUUUGUAACCUCAUUGCGUUGCGGACCAACUGUUUGAAUCUGAUGACCGAGAAGCUGGUUAGUGGUGACCUCAAAGAGAUCAUGGAGGACAAAUGGAUCCUGAGCUAUUGCGCCAAAGAACCUUUUUCGCGAUCAAGCUCAUCAGCAUUUCAGAAAGGAAGUAAGGGGGCAGCAGCUAAAAAGCGGGACCAUAAAGAUGACGGCCGUCAUGACAUCGACACUGCAUCCAAGAGAUUAAAGGUGAACCCCGGAAGAGCACGGCUUGAUGUUGACCACACCGGAAAGAAGAAAGGCGGCCAGCUGUCAUCACCUGAACCGUUGAGGCGUUCGUUUUGGCAGGGAGACAGACUACAGGACAACGGAGCUGUUGGGUAUGGAGAACUUCGUCCAAGUACAAGACUCUCAGAGAAGAACCCACCAAAACGGAAGAUUAGACAACCCAGGUGGCUUCUUGAAGACUCAGGAAAUCUUGGAAGGAACAAUGUUCUUUCAAAGAUCAAAAAGCAUGGGUUGAAACAUCAAAAGCACCAUGGAUCCAAUGUUGUAAAGGGGUCCGAAACUGUUGAGUUCGAGAACAAUGCCAAACACAAACCUUCAGUAAACCGUCAUCUUAAGGCAAGAAAAAAUAGCAGCAAGCACCAGAAGGGGUUUACAUUUGAGACCCUCAAACCAGCCACCCUUCCUCAAGUGAUCCUUGAGCUCUCCCUGCCAGACAAUGAACUGUUGGGAACCUUUAACGAGGACACUUACAACCGACAGAGAGGUUUCCCUCAAGUGCUUCUCUACAGACCGACAUUGAAGGUUCCUGCCACGUCCGAACCCGUGAAGACCGUGCACCGCAAAGAAGUGAUUCUGAGAGCGCGGGACGCGGCCAUGUUCGCACAGCAGCUGCACUGUUAUGCUCGGCGGCCUAAAGGGAAAGGUAUUCGGCCCAAUAUUCAAGGCUCCGUUUCAACAAUCACACGCUCCUCAGUGCAAGGAAGUCCUCCAAAAGAUCCAGAGAGAGAGCUCUUUGACAAACCUGCCACGGAGACCGAAGGCGGAAUCACUCAACACGCACCAGAAGCAGCUGAGGUUACAACAUCCCCACCACUGGAGAAAAUCCUUCACGCUCAAACUACAAAAGCAGUCUCGCGAAAGAUAUUUUCAGAAAGAGAGCUCUCCGAGAAGUCUGCCGCUGAGAUGAAAGUCAGCGAUGCGUCGCAGACGUCGGCAGAAACUGAGGUUCCAGAAGCCCCGAUGUUGGAUACGGUCCUGCAAGCUCAAGCCAUCGCUUCAGCAAGAGGGCUCUGUGACGAGUCUGCUGUUGAGAUGAAGGUCACGAUUGCCUCAACAGCGACUAAAGUGAUUCCAUCCCCAGGGUUAGAUAAAGGGUCUCGCGCUGUUAAAGACGCUUCAGAAACCACAACUUCAGCUGAGGUUUUGCAAACUUCACCUCCGGUCAACAAUCAGAUGGCGGUUCUUGAUCAAAUCUCUCCAGUCUCAAAGAUGGCCAACAUUUUAAGCAUGGGAGCUACUGAUCCAACACCGUCUCAAGUUGGUCUUAGAGCAGGGAGGCAAGAACUGAAGUCACUCUCUUCUCAGGCUGAAACUGUCAACAAUCCUGUCGUCCAAUCAAAAGCAGACGGUCCAAAGGUGCUCACAGCUGUUGGCGGCAGCCUGUCUGAGCUGGAUGUUUCACCCAAAUCCCCAAACGGACACGUGCCUUGUGAAAAUGACACAAGUGCAAUGGGCCCUGCUUCUACAGAUCAGGACAGCAUAAAUGACAUGUCUGAUCUGAAAUUGGUAACAGAAAUGUUAACUGAACUUGAGCCUGAGGCACUUGCUCGAGAUCUGGAGAAGUGCAAACAGCCAGCGCCAGAGGAUGGUCCGUCCACGGAGCACACAUCUGGAAGUGAUGACAAAGUUCCUCACAAAUUACAAACUACCUCCACAUGUUCCUCAGUUGCCGAUGUCCAAGGAAAGGAGGAGGAAACUCAGGAUUUUGAUCCAGAAACACCCGAGGACAGUGAUCUGCCAGAAUCGGAGGAAUCCAAGUUGGAGUUCUGUUGUACUUUCUGCAACAAGGCCUUUAAGGGAAGUCGUGUUGUCGAACAUGCCAUGUUCCAUUAUCGUAAGGACGAGUGCAUGUUCUGCAGGACGAUGUUCAAAGACGAUCUUCUGGCCAUGAUGCACCUGUCCGACCACAUUGAAAAGCUGAAGAGGAUCAAAGAGUCGGAAGGUAACGAUGUCCAAGAGACCAAAGAUAUCUCCACGUGUAAGAUCUCUGCCAAAGCUAAGAGCACAAGCGUGUCUUUUGAGCGCCGCUGUAGUGGGAGAUCGAGGACAUCUACAGACUGUCCUAAAUCAACGAGCCUUCCACAUUCAACCCCAUCCGGGUCCAGACAGUUGAGAUCAAACGGCAAGCCAGGGGAUGAAAUGAAACGAAACGUGUCCAAGCACCCUGAUGGUAAAACUCCUGUUCACAAGGUAAACGGGCAUAAUGGGAAAAAGAAAGCGCGCGACCCUCUGCAAAGGCACAGCGUGGAUUCGGAAGCUGUCCCGACACCGCAGGAGAUCCCUCAAGAAAGAACAAAGGAUGGAGCUGUAAACUCCAGGUUGCAGGAAAACCAAGAUGCAGAGAUGGAUUCCUCUGCAACAUGGGCACAGGUGGACCAAGCGGUCAGCUGUUCCAAGAAGACCGACUCACCGCGGGUCCUGAAGACGGACGGCAAACGACGCGAGAGAGUUGUUGAGGAGCCACAAGAGAGAGUUUGCUGUCCGGUGGAGGGCUGCAGCUGGUUUAAAGACCGGUCAAAGAAAGGCGUUGCGCUCCUCUACCACGCUCUCGAAGAUCACGCCGGCGAGGUCAAACCCUUAGAAGUGGCGUUCCGUGCGGGACACGGUAAAUGCAGUUGCUGCGUGAGGGUUUUGUGGAGUUUGGAACACUUUCAGCACCAUGUUGAAAGACAUAGACUAUCUCCUCGGCAUCCAUGCCUUCACCUGGGAUGCACUUCCAGGUUCAAAACUGGAAUAGAAAUGAGACGCCACGCCAGGAGGCACAGUCCGCUGCAGGCGGCGUGCUGCGUCCCUGGUUGUUCUCAGCUGUUCAUUUGCCUCUGGGCGCUGAACCUCCAUGAAAGAGAGCACUAUGCUUCCAAACCAGACAAGAAUGCAAACGAGCCAACGGGAGACAAACGGGGUAACACGCCGGAUGGGAAGAAACAACCGGGUCAUACGCCAAAAGAUGCAACCGCUACUGUAAACAAGACUGAGGGUGUGAAGGCUGAUUGUAAAUUAGGAGGAGAAGAUGCACAAAACUCCACUGCAGAAAAACAAGCGCCUCUUACUGUCAGUGCAUCCGUGUUGAAAGAGGAGUCGAAAGAGCGGAAUGAGACCAAGGAUUUACACGUCUUAAAGAAUCUUUCCAACAAAGACACUUCUUCACAGCCCGCUGGCCCUAAUCUGAGAUUACGGCAAACGUUAAAAGUGACAAGUACAACCAGAAGUCACAAAGUCAUCUCAUCAUCGCUGUUAAAACUGAAUAUCAAAGUGAGGCACAAGUUCAAAAAGAAGCAGGACAAAGGAAACGCGAAAGGUCCUAAAAGAAGAGGGCGUCCUCCGAAGUCAAAGGAAGCUGUGCAUGACGAGAAUACGACCGAUGGGCAAAACAAUCAAACUGUCCCAGAAAAAAAAGCCCAGAUCGCAAACCUCCCCAAAGCAGCAGAGAGCUCGAAUGUUGGCAACGAGUCAAGAGAUGAAGAGCAAGUCAAAGACGUCGUCAAAACUACAGACGUGUCAAUUAACAAAUUAAAGUCUAAGAAAUCAGUAAACGAGCCGAUUAAGACCAAUCACGUAGAACAAAAGGACAUUUUAAAUGAUACCCCGACAGCUGUUACGACAGCAAACGGUUUAAACCAAUCGAUCGACACGGCAGACGGAACACACACUUUCACAGCUAAGAAACUGCAUGAAGUGAAAAAACGCUCCACUUCGAAAGAAAGCCCAACUGCUUCUUCAGACUCCAGCAAGUCAAAGAAGCAUAAGGUUACAAAUGGCGAAGCCAACGCAAAGAUAGGCGUGAAGAAAAGUCCUCUCGGAGAAGCCGAGGGAAAAGCAGCGGCGGAAAACACCGACUCGGCACAAAGCGGCUCUGCCGGCUCGGCUUCAAAUGAGAGAACUGCACCACCAACCACCUCGGGGGAGAAAACACGGGAGGGAGUGGGAGACAAAUCAAAGAAAUCCCUCGUGAAAACGGAAGGAAGGAAAGACAAGAAUCGCCACGGGGCUUCCUCCGGCUCACGCCAGACCAAAAACAAACACGGGGAUCUUCACAACGAGGACAAGAACAAACUGAAGGGAAGACCGAAGGACGCGAGCAAAACGUCUGCUUCGAAAGAGAAAGCCAAGUCGAAAUCUGCAGCCCGAGCGGUCGAGGCUCGAGCGGCUCUCGGCGCGACCCUUUCCUCCGACCCGGCUGCCACGGCGACCGGCUCAAACGCCUCCACUUCUCCUCCCGCUGAAGAGAACACGCAGAAGGCGACGCCAAAGGAAAAAUCCAAGAAAUCUCACAUCACCAAAAAGUCAAACCCCAACGGCGCAAGUGAGAAGCGCAAGAAUGUUCGUAAAGACGGCGACGCCAAGAAUGUGAAGAAGAAGAAGAAGCCCGGCGAUCCGGGAGCUCGAUCUGCGACCCCGAAGCCGGAGAAGUCCCAAACCGCCGAGGCGAAAGCGAAGUUCCUCUCUGUCGGUGAAGCGGGGGAAACGGCACAAUCUACGACCAACAACGCGGGUUCCUCCGUCGUGGUGAACGGAAAGGCAGUCCCGGAAGACGCCGGCUCCUCGGCGUUCACGGACGCCCUCUCGGGGUACAGCAGCCGGCCGUACAAGCGGCCGCCGCCGACGGCGUACCUGGCCGAGAAGUACAUCACCAUGCCGAAGCGCAGGAAGGAGCUGUCGGGUCACCACUGCCCCCAGAGGACCGCCCUUCCUCCCGAGAGCCGCGCGGCCAAGACGCCGCAGAGACAACGAUGCGCCAACUGCUUCGCGACCUUCAACAGUGCCGAGGACCUGCAGAGUCAUCGGCAGGCGCAGAAGUGCUCCGACCUCUUCGGGUUCGACUCCGACGACGAGCGGAACAGUUCGACGGGUCCAAUCGUGUCAAAGUGAACUGACGUUCUGGACGCAUCGUGAACCUGCAUGGAGCCACCGGACGGACCGGACCUCGACGCAUCAGGGCUCUCCGGACGACUUGUCCGUCUCCCAGGGCAACGGCGUCGUUCACCUGGAGACUCGAGAACCCAAAGGGUCGCCCGACUCCCAGUGCAGCGUGUGCCUGUAACGAGAAGUCCGGGGGGCGGCCAGAACCCACGGAACACGGCCAAUCCGAUACGAGGAGAACUGAACUGAAUCCCAGUCGGACCGCUGGCAGGACAGCGAGUACUGAAGUGCCUGCUCUGGAACCGCCGGGCUGCUUCCAGCUGCUUCCCCUGGAGCGGAGAUUAAGAAUUGUGGCUUGAAGUCCGGACUCUUGAGCGCUGUGAAAAGAAAGGGAUAAAAAAACACGACACUGCCGCUCCCGCUAUCACUAGGACACAUGUGUUCACCCCAGAAAGCCAUAUGAUGCCAUUGUUUGCUUAUUGCACUCAUUUUUUUCUGCUUAAACUCUGUGAUGGAGACUGUACAUCUGAAAGUCACGCUAUUUUAACAUCUUAUGGUUGCAUAUAAUUUUCUAAACUUAGAAAUGUUGCCUCUCUUUUGGAAAAUGUUAUGUGUAAUUCUUGUUUAAAUACUAAUUGUAUUUCUUAUAUCCCUAUGGGCUUUAUUAGGGAUGUGCUUGUCCUCGCCUUGAGUAACCAGUAGGGGGCGCUGCGCACCAAUCUCUUUAUUAACAAUCAUAUUUUUCCUCUUGCAAAGCAUAAGAUGUUAUAAUUUCACUGGAGGGAUUUGAGAAAAGAUGUCACUCCCAGUCCCCAUCAUCACGCUGGAUUUACUUUAGCAAUAAUUAAGACCAACCACACGCCCCGCUCAUAUUUCUGCCGGGUUCUGUCAUGAUCGUGUUGAGUUUAUUAUAUUUCUGAAAUUGUGGCUUUCAUUAUAUUUUGUCAUUUAAACAUAGAUUUGUAUCUUGGCUGAAGUGUCAAGACCUUAGAAACAUUGUGAUUUCUCUUUCCUUCAAAGAGAAAGUAAUAAACAACCACAGUUUUUAAAGUGUUACCGGGGAGGCCGCAGGUUAUAUUUAUUUUGUAUCUUUUGUAAAUAUUUGAAGAGUUUCAAUCGCGUAUUAUAUAAGGUGGGUGUCGGAGCGAGGGUUUAUAUUUUCUUCUCGGAAGUAAAAAAUAAAACUUAUUUCAAAUGGC